AUGGAAAAGCCAAAGUUCAAGGUUAUUAUAGUUGGCGGAUCCAUUGCUGGAUUAACCUUGGCACAUUGCCUGCAUCGAGCCAAUAUUGACCAUGUCGUACUGGAGAAAAGAAGCGAAAUUGCGUCCCAGGAAGGGGCAAUCGUUGCUAUCUGGCCAACUGGAGCCAGGGUGUUCGAACAGCUUGGUCUCUAUGAUGAUAUCGAGAAACAGAGUUCACCAUUCCGCAGUCUGCGUAUUCGUCACCCAGAUGGUUUCUCCUUCAGCACCUCCUUUCUCGAGUUCGUCAACCAAGGCUCUGGAUAUCCUGUCAUCUGCUUAGACCGGCGAAAGCUCUUGGAGGUCCUGCAUCAGAAGUACCCUUCUAAGGCGAAUAUCCUUGUCAAAAAGAAAGUGAUUGAAGUACAGCCUUUAGAUCACGGAGCUCGUGUGUUAACUGAAGAUGGAGACAUCUAUACGGGCGAUCUUAUUGUCGGUGCCGAUGGAGUCCAUAGCUCGACGCGUUCUGAAAUGUGGCGGUUAGCAGAUGCAAUGAGCCCGGGCCUUAUCACCACACAGGAGAGGAAAAGUCUGCAAACAAUCUCCUCUUUUUUGGGAACGUUAUUUCCAGAGCUGACCAAGUGA